AUGGAGUCCCUAUCAGAACCUAUUCCCAUGGGGGGACACUGGACCUCGAUGUUUUCCGAAGGCGAGGAUCUGACAUGGCGACUGAUACCCUACAUACUUGUCUGGGCUGCCUUCGGUUUGGUAUUCCUCAUAUGGCUAUUCAUUACACUCUUCGUGCCGGAGCCACGGAAACCCUUGCCCUCAGAGAAAACUUUCACAACCAUAGAGGCCACAGGUAGCGUAACAGCGCCGGAGCCGUUACCCUGCUGGUACGACAACCUCUCACGGCGGAUCAAUGCAGCGAGGAAAAAGCAGGAGCAGGGGGGUGGGGAUUCAAAGCCACAUGAGAAGGAGUCCGAUCUUGAGAGCGAGAUCGAGCCGGCCGAACUCUUCAUGACACUCGUCGUGCCUGCGUAUAACGAGGAACACAGACUUACAGGCAUGCUGGAGGAGGCGGUCAACUUUCUCGAAAAUGCAUACGGGACAGGAAAGGGCAGCACUGGACCGGGAGAUAUCAUUGAAAUCACAGAAGACACAGAAUCCACAACCACAUCCACGCCCACAGGCAAGACAACAAGACGGCGGAAAGCCAAUGGCACUUCCACGUCGACGUCGACGUCAACAUCCAAAUCCUCAACUUCCACCCCGUCCACCUCCACCUCCAAACCCACUCUCCCAUCCAGCGCCACCAAAGGCUGGGAAAUCCUGCUCAUCGACGACGGAUCAACGGACAAAACGCUGGAAAUCGCGCAGGAGUUCUCGCGCGUGCACAUCCUCCCCAAACAACCGCGGCGCGCCUCGGGGCCUUGGACACACCGGUCAGAAACCGCGGUGAAGAUCCCCGCCGGGUCAAUCCGGAUGGUGUCACUGGCGCAGAACCGGGGCAAAGGCGGGGCGGUGACGCACGGGAUGCGACACGCACGCGGCGCAUACGUGGUAUUCGCGGACGCGGACGGCGCGAGCGACAUCGCGGACCUGGGGAAACUCGUGACGGCGUGCCAGGAAGCCGAGGACGGUCGCGGCCGAGCCGUCGCGGUGGGAUCGCGCGCGCAUCUCGUCGGCUCCGCCGCCGUCGUCCAGCGCUCCGCCCUGCGUAACUUCCUCAUGCACUCGUUCCACCUGCUGCUGCGCCUGAUGACGCCGCCCGCGACCGCGCGCAUCCGCGACACUCAGUGCGGGUUUAAGCUGUUCUCGCGUGCGACCCUACCGUUCAUCGUGCCCCACAUGCAUAUGGACGGUUGGAUCUUCGAUGUCGAGAUGCUCAUGCUCGCCGAGUUUGCCGGCAUCCCCGUCGUCGAGGUCCCCGUGGGCUGGAGGGAGGUGGUCGGCUCCAAGUUGAAUGUCGUCAAGGAUAGUGUCGGCAUGGCUUGGGGUUUGGCGCUUUUGAGGCUCUGUUGGGGGGUCGGCAUCUAUAGACGUUGA